CUCAGCGUGAACCUAACCCUGACCUCAGAAAGUGGGUUAAAUUUAGAAUUUAGAUGGUUUCCCCGAGUUUGCUGAGGUACAUCAUCCAAAUGCAUUUCAUUUAGAUCUAGAUUAUUUGCAUUGCCACAUUCACUGGAAAGAUGCAAGGCAGGCUCUUUCCAACCACUAAUUAGCUUGUAGUCUAAUAAUGGCUACAGUUGAUGCACACAAUUUAAAUGAACAUCUUGGAGCUUUAUACAUGGAGGAUAUUAGUCUGGAUUUUAUUCUGAAAGGCACACUAGGGUUGAGUACUUCAGACAACUCUAAAAUGUCUAAGCUCAGUUCAGCUUGUUUUGAUUGUAACAUAAAGCUUGUUAAAACCUUACUUGAACAAGGAGCUGAUGUGAAUCUUCCAGGAGAUGAUGGUAUGACACCUCUGCAUGUUUUAUGUAACAGCAUGAAGACAUCCCACAAUCGUCUGCAGAUAGCAGAAUUGCUUUUGAAGAAAGGCGUAGACGUCAAUUUAAGGGAUGCCACUGGUAGUACGCCUUUACUUCUAGCAUGCAAAAAUAAUCAAAUCGGCCUGGUUGAUUUGCUAAUCCAGGCUGGUUGCAAUGUGAACAUUCCAGAUGAAAAUUUCGAUACACCCUUUAUGGUUGCCUGUAGGAUGGCAUCCGAAGGCUGGUAUUUUUGGAACACUGACUUCUUAAAUGAUGAUAGUGAUACUGAAGAUUCUUAUCAUGAUGAUAAAUUUCCACCAGUAUUUAUUUGCAAGUCUUUGUUGCGGGCGGGGGCCGAUCCUAAGCAGGCAACGCUUCUCCCAACUGCUGUGCUGUAUAGCACUCUGGAAACUGUGAAGGAGUUUAUAGAUCUGGGGAUGGAUGUAAACAUGAAGGAUGAAAAUAGGCGCUCACCUUUAGGUUGUGCUUGUUCGACGUCCUGUUCAAUCAGUAUGGUCAAGCUCCUGCUCGAGAAAGGCGCGGAUGUUAAUGGUGAUGGCAGAAAAAACAAGCCCAUUAUUUCAGCCUACGUGUACAACUCUGUUGACAAAAUACGCCUCCUACUUUCUUACGGUGCUUCGGUAAGCUGUGAGGAACUGUCUGAACUAUUUUCCAUCAGCCUUACUAAAUGGGUCCUUGAAAACCCAGAUAUCAUUAGUGAAGAUAGCAAAGAGCUCCUGUCGUGGAAGCUGCUAAUGAAAGCUGGAUUCAGGCCCACAUUUUCACUUAUUGCUCCAAAGCUCAAACACGUUUCCCUUUGCAGCUCCUACACCAAAGUUAGCCCAUGGAUUAAUAAUUUGCUGUCCCCUAUGUCAUCGCUAGCCGAUUCUUGUCGAGUCACCAUUCGUGCCCAGCUGAAGCCAUCAGUAGAUGAAAAGAUUGACCACCUGCCUUUGCCCAAUAGUAUAAAAGGGUUCCUUAGAUUCAGUGAAUUUUCAAAUACAGUAUUUAGGAGAAGUAGUAUGAGAACCGAGGAGAAAUUUAGUGUAUAGAUUAUUUCAUGUAUUUUGAUUACAUGGUCUUUCACUAAGCUUCACUUAAAAUGUUAUUGUUUUGUAAUUGGAUGUUUUUCUCAAUUUAAACAAUAUCAACCUUUAAAUAUUUAAUGAAGUAAUUGAACAAAUAAGGUGUUACUGUUUGCUAGCAAUUGGAAGAAACAGCUGAUUAACCAGCAUAUGCUGUAAAGUCAAAUUUGUCAAAAUGUACUUUUUAAACCUGUCUAGUUGUAUGUAUUUCUUUAGCACAAUCAAGUUUUAUUCAUGACAGAAGUUUUUUUUAUCAAGCAGAUUUCUUUUCAAUUGAGGUUAUUUGUCAAUAGGUUAAAGCAAGAAAAAAAAACUAAGUUUAUAGCAUGACACUUUAAAAAAAAGUAGUGUUAUCAGCCUGGUUUCUUAAAAAUUUCAACCCCUAUACUGAAUGGGCAUUGCAUUGCUUUGCAUGCAUAAUAUUUUAUUUUGCUUUAUGUAAUUAUGCACCCUGAUUCCUAAAGGAAGCCAAGUGUUUCUAGCCUAUCCCUGACUGAGAACCACUGACUUUUGUGAUUGUUAAAUGGAUUGAAGAUGUUUUGCAUUAUCAAAUCAUAAAAUGGCAUUUUUAAUUAUUUUUUUUUGCAUUAUUCUUUAUGGCUGACAUAACUUUUUUUUUUUUUUUAAAUCUUGAUACCCACAGGUCUUAAAUAUUUUGUUAUAAUUCAUUGAGUGAUAAUGGGAGUCAUAAAUAAUCAGUUUUAAGAACUGAAAAUACUGUACAUUUGAGAUCUUUAUUAAGAUUUUUAUAAAAGGUCUUCCAAUAUUACUUAAACUAGACCUAGAUUAUAACAUUUUGAUCAACAUUCAUAUUGCUAGAUGAAUGAAUUCUCUAAGGAGAAAGUAAGCUUUACCCACUUGCUUUUGAACUAAUAGUUAUUGGAAGAACUGGUGCUUUGUUUUUAGAAAAUUUAUUAUAUUCUGCUGUGUAGAUUAAUAAAAUCUAACUUGACAGAAUGUAGGUAGGCUUAUGUAUCUGCACCCUACUGUGAAGCCACUGACUGUAAGAUAUUUGCAAUUGGAGUGUUUUUUUUUUUUGUAUAUUUAAAAAAUAGGAUACCACUGGAUACAAUAAUAUAAUAAUAAUUCAGUAUUUGUAGCAAUACUUUAAAAGAAUUGUAGUAUUUUAGUAUUAGCUUAGCUUUAUAAUUUACCACCUUUUUAAUAAAAGUCGACCCAGCAGGUAAAUGGUAAUCUUACAAGCUUAUAUGGACAGUAUUAAUUUUUGUCUUUGUUUAUAUUUUCAGUUGAAUGAUGAGAAUUGAGACUAGUUAUUUUCUUUAUAAUGACUUUUAGACAAGCUUGCAUGUUUUUUUAAAUUUUAGAUUAUUUAUAUAGUGUGCAUGUUUUUAGUUCCAUAAAUCUUUAGCAGAUGAAAUAAAACUGAUUUUUCUCUUUCAAAAGUAAUUGUUACUUUUAAAAAGUCAAAUAUUACAAGAUUUUACAGUGUAAUAUGUAUAUGUGUUAAGCUGGAAGUGUGUAAGAUUUAAAGUGUAAAACUGCUGCAUUUGCACAAUUAGUGACCACAAAUUAAAAUUAAAUAAUACAACAUUUAAGUUGUAGUAAAUAAAUUUAAUAUUUUAAAAAUAUGUUUGUGAUAUAUUUCUUAUUGUUAAUGUCUUCAAAAUAACAGUUUUGUACUUACAUGCAUUUAAUUUUGUGGAGCUUUUUACCAUUAAAAAAAUAGCAAAUAGCUAUUAAAAAAUAUUUUUGAUUUUUUAAAAAUCAAUAUUGUUUUCAAUGAAAAUAAAUUUCACAAAAAAAAAUAAAUAACAAAACUAUGUUAAUCAUUUAAUAAAAAAGGAGUGGUAUUCAUGUUUAGUGCCAUUUAGGCAUAAGCAGCCAUUUUUUAAUCAAGUGUUUUUGGCUUAAUUCUUCAAAAAAAUUAGUCAUAACCAUUUUAAAUUUCUCUAAAUUCUCUUAUUUACUUCAUUUGUAAUUUAAUUUUUUUUCCUCUGUUACAAAAGUAAUAUGCAAGAAUUCAAUGUACGCAUGAUUCUAGGUUGUGUUUAUAUUUACAUGUAUAAAUAAAUAUAUAUAGGCUUAUAUACUUGUACUUUUAUCUUCUACAUGAAGCAAUGUAUUUUAAAAUAUUUUAAUUACUCAAUUAUAUAUAUAUGGACUGAUUAAUUACCAAUCCUAAAUUUGUUUGAAUUGUACAAGCUUUAAUUGUCUUUGUCAUUUAAUCAAGUUAUAUCACAACAUAGGUAUGUCAUGUUUUAAGGACACUAUACGGAAUGUUUUAACUUGCUAGUCACAUGUAUAAAUGUGAUACCCCGGUGAAAAUAGAUUUUAAAAAAUCUUUGCAAAUUGAUAAACUUUUUAGGCAGAUUUCUUUUUUUAAAGAAAAUAUAUGCUUUAUAGUUAAAAUAACUGUAUUAUCCCCUAUAUGUCAAGCCAGUAUCUAUUAUUACUAUUAAAUAUUGAUAUAUAUAUAUAAAUAUGACAUACUGUAUUUUAAAACACAUUGUGAUUUAUAACUUAAAAGGAAAACUGGUCAACUUUUCUAUUGCCAUACAUAAAUAGUUUUUUUAGUCGGGGGUUAUCCUUUUAUGAAGGCCAUAUAAACAGUUGAAACUUAUAGACUUGUUUCCCUGUGGCCGUGUGCCCACUACGAUUUAAUUUACAGUUAUACAUUUUAUAUGCAGAUACUUUAUGGUGUAACUUACAAAUGAUAGCACAACAAUUUGAAUUCAGAUUUUUGUUUGUCUGACAUUUUUCUACAGACAAUUAGUCUGUCAUGAUAUUUGGUCUACUAAAGCAUUAGGAUUUGGAUUAGGGAAUUGAACAUUGUAAACCUCUUCAAAUCUGCUAAGACAUGGUGGAAUUUUGGCAGUAAUAAAUGUAAUAAAACCAACAUAAUCUGACUUGGGUUGACCAAAUGUGGAAGUUCAAAUAUCAUGAUUGAUCUAAUGUCUAGAUGAACCUUGUUGACAAAAAGUGAAGGCCAUUGUUGCAGAACCUAGAAAAGUAUAUUGAUGAUAAAUUCAACAUGUUGAUGUGCACUCAAUUCUCCCCCCCCCCCCCCCAGUCCUCUCUGUGGACAUCAUAAAUGGAUCACCCCCUCCCCCUUGCAAAGAAAAGAAAAAUGGCGCUAGUUUUACAAUACUUAGCGAUGACAAUAGUUUUCAAAUUCAUAACUAAAUAAAUAUGUUUGACUGAUGAUGCUUCUUUGUCCUGUAUAGCUUUUAACAUGUGUGCUUGCAAAAAGAUAUUGACAUUAAACAGUUUUUGUUGUAUUCGGAAGAUUAACCCACAAUUUUUAAAGUUUAUCUGGUGUUGGUACAAUAUUAACAAGCUUUUGUUGGCUAAUCAACUAGAAAAUAAUCUAUUUAUAUAAUACAUCAUAGAAACACUGCCUUGAGUGUGCGCAACGUAAGGUAUUAAAGCAGUCUGCAUUUCAUAGUGACAAUCUACUUUUUAACUUCUUGACUAUUGAAAAAAAGUGCCUGUAUUAUUUUUUUUUACAAAAAUCAUUCUUGUACAUCAUGAGAUGAGCUUUUAUCAUUCUAAAGAUGUUUUUAAAAAAAAUUUAAUGCUGAUAUGUUUUAUUUGUAAUUCAAUAAUUAAAAAAGCAUUAUGUUUUAGCAUUGCAUCUACAGCAAAGUGUAUUAUCGGGUAAUAAAUUGGCCCCCCUUCCCCCACCAUUGUUAGGGAUCAUGCAUAUAUUAGAUUUACAAAUUCAAGAAUUCAUACUAUAUUCUUAUUUCUACAAUUCUUUUUGCAAUUUUUUAAGUGAAUAGGUUGACACAACUAGUUAACGUAUUUAACACAAAAUUCAGUGUUUGAACUUCUUAAAAUAAAAAUAUGUUUUUCAAAAAAAAAUGUGAUUUCUAUUUUACGAAUAAAACCAGUAAUUUAGUAAAGCAUAAAAGACACACAAACCCAGACAUACUUUCAGUUUUAUACAUAUAGAUAUAUUCUUUAUCUAUAUAAUUGGUUUCUCUGUGUGAGAUAACACAGUUAAGUUGCCAUUAAAAACAUUGCUGUAUAACUCAUGAACAUUUUUGUUAAAAUUUGGUUUCCAGUAUUAAGAAUUUUAAAUUUGUCACUGGUUUGGAUUUGUGUGAUUUUUAUAAUAUUCAAUGUAUUCAAAAAAUAUAGGCCUAUUCUGAGAAGUGGUGAAUUUUUUUUUCAUUAAGAGUUAUUGAUAGGAUUUUUUAUCAUUGUCAAUUCAAUAGGGCAGAUUUUAUAUAUUUAAUUAAUUGAAAGAUCUUUUUUUAAUGUUGAAACAAUAGACAUAUUGUUUAGAUGGUCAAAAUACAUGACACAUCUAUAAAAACUUGAUAACAAACACAAACAUCUGAUUGUUUGGGCUUAAUUCAUCAUACUCAAAAUAAACUUCAGCAUAUUAUUGCAUCAGUGCCUAAUCAUUAGUAUGCAUUGGUUAAUGGAUUAAGAAUAGAUAUUUAUGUUCUACAGAUUUUAUUUAAACUUUUUUUGCUUCCUAUAACACAGGGGUCUCUAAACUACGGCCCGCGGGCCGGAUGCGGCCCGCGCGGUCAUUUCAUCCGGCCCGCGACGAUCUUUUUAUCCACUGAAUAAAUGUGUGUUAUAGCUGACUGAGGAACUUAGCACAGAAAAUUCAAAACAAUUUGAAAAUGUAGCUUUGGGUGCAAAUACGAUUGCCCGCCGUGUUGCAGACAUUGGUGAAAACAUCUUGACUCAAAUAGCGAAAAAUGCAAGCAAGCUUCGCCAUUUUUCAAUUGCAAUGGAUGAGUCGCUGGACAGUUGUUCCACCUCUACUUCUUGUGUUCAUUAGAGUGGGUAUAGAAAUUGGAUUCUGUUGCAGAAUUAACCAGUCAUUUAAAUUUUCUGAACCUAAAACGGCAAUAGAAUGAAAUCUAGUUUCUUAUCUAUACACCCACCUAAAGACCUUCAGAUUCAAACGUGUCAUGUAUUUGGAACAAGUACAGGCCAACAACCUGACGCACUUUCAGCAGUGCACGUUCUUUACGGCUGAAGCAACCAAUGAAUUUCCCACGUCAUUUAAAUAUGAUCAUCAAAGACUUCCAGCUGCAGUUUUAGUAGGAUUCAAAGGCAGAAGAAGUGAGACUGAAGCAAAUGUGGCCAGUUGCAAAGAUGAACUGCAGCUGGAGGUCAUUGAAUUGCAAGAAAAUGACUUCCUUAGAGACACUUUCAAAGAAGGGCAGAUUGAUUUUCAUAAGUUUUUGCACAAGGAAGACCGUCCUAAUAUUAAAAGUUCUGUAUCAUAGUACCUAUCGAAUUUUGAAACAAUAUACCUUGUGGACACUUGAAAUUUGUAAAUAUUUCUAUAUAAAUUAUAUUUCGUGGGGGGGGGGGGGUGCGGUAGACGUUCUUCUGGAGAGGGGUUCGCCCCCUCCCCAAAGAGAUGCCUUAAAGAAACUCUGGCCCCCGAACUGAUAUUUCAAGUUAAUGUGGCCCUCGGACUGAAAAGUUUGGAGACCCCUGCUAUAACACAUAGACAUAGUCCAGCCUAUACAACUUGUUGAUUAAAAUAAAUAUAAGAAGCUUUAGUAAAUUAAAUAAUUUGAUUUGGACUGUAACAAAACAAUUGUAAAAUUGUGAUAACUUGUUAAGAAUCAACUGAAAUUAAUCUGUCUGUAAUGUUAGUGUUUGUUUUUUGUUGCCUGUACUGUGAAGAUUUUUUUCAAUGCUUAUAACAACUCGAACUGGAGAGAGUAACCAACAAUAAAUA